CUGGACAGUGUUGUGCUGGAGCUCCGCAGCGCCCCCCUGCAGCUCGAAAACUUUCCCGUCUCGAAGUGAUUUCCUCCCCUGUUUUUACUUCCUGUUUUCUAAGGGAGUCACUUAACUCAGAUCGGUUCUGCUCAUCGGGGUUUCACUAUGCGUUGUUUCUUCUAGCGGUAGUUUUUGCCGAUCUCUCCGCAGGGAUCUCGGAACGGAUUGGGACAUCCACGCGUAUAUUCUGCUUUAGAUGGAGGUCGGAGGGCUGAAGUCAGUCGUGUCUACGGCUCUAAUGGAUUUUACGUAGACUUGUGUUUUGUUUUAAUGCCUUUUACUGCCUUCCUGGUCGUUUUAUUAUCAUUACUUUCAUUCGGUUUCCUCCUCCGCGGAGUGUCCAGCCUCGACCGCCCCUUUAACUCCAGCAACAAUGUAACUAACUCGAGCGCUCUUUCAUCUCUUCCGCCGAGCUCGAGCUCGAAGACCGCCGCUUUUAAAGUUUGACGCUGUCGUCACGUUAUCGUGUAUUUCUUCGCCAAACUUUACGAUGGCCGAGCUGCAGCGGCCGACGCUGUGUUGCUGUCGGAAAGUGCUGGCCGUGCCCGGUAAUAAGUCCUGCGAGGGCGGCCGGAGUCUGGCGCACUGUCGCCUGGUGGACGUCGCGUCGGCGUCCAACUUCCACAGCUUUAAGCUCCGACAUUUCCACCUGGACCUCCACCUGAACUUCGCCGUCAAGAGGAUGACGGGAUGGCAGGUUCUGGAGCUCACGCCCGUCCAGCCCGGCGUCCAGUCGCUCAUUCUGGACACGCAUCCUUCGUUAUUAAUUCAUUCCGUGGACUGCAAGGUGCCCGGCGCGUCCGGUGCUCCCGACGUGUUUUUGUCGCUCACCUACCGAAUAGAACCGUUCACCGAUUACGGAUCCUCUCUGAACAUCAGCCUCCCGGCCGCGGUGGUCCGGCCGCACCGGGCUUUCCGUCUCACCAUCCGCUACACGACCACAGACGGCCCUGCGAUUUGGUGGCUGGAUGCAGAGCUGACAUGCGGACAAACCCGACCGUUGGUCUUCACUCAGGGUCACUCGGUCUGCAACCGGUCAUUUUUUCCCUGUUUUGACACGCCAGCCGUCAAAAGCACCUACUCUGCCACUGUCAGGGUACCAGAAGGUGUUACAGUGUUGAUGAGUGCCUCAAGAAGUGCAUACUCUAAACAGGACAGGGUUUUCCAGUUCACCAUGGAGCACCCUGUCCCAACCUACUUGGUUGCCCUGGUGGCAGGAGACCUGCAGCAUGCAGACAUUGGGCCCAGGAGUCGUGUGUGGGCAGAGCCCUGCAUCCUGACGUGUGCGGUUAGUAAACUGGGUGGCAGUGUGGAGCGCUGGCUUAAUGUGGCAGAGGGUCUUUUUGGGCCUUAUGUAUGGGGAAGGUACGACAUAGUGUUCCUUCCUCCUUCAUUCCCCAUCGUUGCCAUGGAGAAUCCCUGUCUUACUUUCAUAAUUUCUUCCAUACUGGAGAGUCAAGAGUUUCUGCUGAUUGAUGUCAUCCAUGAGAUUGCUCACGGCUGGUUUGGCAAUGCGGUCACCAAUGCUACCUGGGAAGAAAUGUGGCUCAGUGAGGGUCUGGCCACUUAUGCUCAGAGGCGCAUUACCACAGAGGCCUAUGGAGAAGCCUUCACUUGUCUUGAGACUGUGUUCCGUCUAGAUGCUCUUCACAGACAGAUGCGUCUUCUUGGAGACAACAAUCCUGUCAGUAAGCUGCAGGCCAAAUUUGAGCCAGGUGUAAACCCCAGCAGUCUAAUGAAUCUGUUCACCUAUGAGAAAGGCUUCUGCUUCGUAUCUUACCUCUCACAGCUGUGUGGCGACAUCAAGAGAUUUGAUAGUUUUCUUAGGGCCUACAUUGAGAAGUUCAGAUUCAGCAGCGUAAUCGCUCAGGAUCUGUUGGACUUUUUCCUUGGCUUCUUCCCUGAGCUGAAGGAGAGCUGCGUUGCUGAACGAGAGGGUCUGGAAUUUGAGCGAUGGCUAAAUGGCUGUGGUCCUCCGUUAUGUGAACCAGAUCUCUCGGCGGGUAGUGCUCUAUCAGGCCCUGUUCACCACCUGUGUGAUCUUUGGUGCGUGGAUGCCCCUGACCCCCAAGUGAUCUCUACAUUUGACCUCUCCUCCUGGAGCACCUUUCAGACCGUCCUCUUCCUGGACCGACUUCUAGACCGCUCACCUCUGCCUCAAGAGGUGAUGAGUCUUUUGUCAAGCUGCUACUCGGCGUUGUUGGACGGCAUGAACGCUGAAGUCCAGAUUCGAUGGCUGCAGAUUGUAGUGCGGAACAGCUUUUAUGCUGAUCUGCCCCGAGUUCGCAGCUUCUUGCAUAAACAUACCUCACGGAUGUACACAGUGCCCCUUUACGAGGAUCUGUGCGGAGGGGUGAUGAAGUGUUUUGCUGUGGAGGUAUUUUAUCAAACUCAGGCCCGUUUGCACCCAAAUCUACGCAGGACACUUCAGCAGAUACUGUUCCAAAGCAGUGCCCUCAACACCACCACUACUCCAUCUCUACUCACAUCACCACCCUCUGCUCCUUCGUCGCCCACAGAGCCCCCUGCCAACGGGACCAUCGCCCUGCGAGACGUCAAUGUGUCCGCAUGAGUUCAAAACUUCUGUGGAGAAGCAGAAGGUUGUUUGAGGUGAAAAGCCAGAAGGGCAGGAACAGGACAGGAAUUGAACUCCUUGGCUCAGACUGGACCAUAGCAAUGCAUUGUGAGAGGCCAGCGCUGAUGGGUGACACACUCUCACCAACACUGGGAUGUCUAUUUAUAAAGGCAGACACUGAUUUUCAUAAGCUAAUCAUAAAGCUGCUCAGGGCUGUGGAACAAAGUGGAGGACAAAUGUUUGCGAUGGUUAUUAUGCCAUCACCUGUGUGUGUGUGUGUGUACGCAUAUGGAUAGGGGUAUGUCAG